AUGGGACGCCUUCCAGUUCACCUCGCCCCACCCAUCCUCCUCCUCCUCUUGCUCCUCCUGACCCACCCCAGCACUCCCUUCAGGCCACAGGUUGUGGAGCGGGCAUCUAGUCCUGAUGAUGCGCCUCAGCCCACAGGCAACUCUACGUUAACUUGGAAGAGCAAGUGUGCAGAGGUCGUAGUGUGUAGACCUGGUGUCCUGCUGCCGGUAUGGCUGCCGCUCAACCCUCCACUGGGGGAGCAAGCGGGGAGGGCUAUCAUCUACUUCCUAUGUCUCAUGUACAUGUUUCUGGGUGUGUCCAUCUUGGCAGACCGCUUCAUGGCAUCCAUAGAGGUCAUCACCUCUCAGGAGAAGGAGGUGACCAUCACCAAACCUAAUGGUGAAAGGACAGUGACAACUGUGAGAAUCUGGAAUGAGACCGUGUCCAACCUCACACUCAUGGCCCUGGGCUCCUCUGCACCUGAGAUCCUGCUCUCGGUCAUUGAGGUGUGUGGGCACAACUUUCAUGCAGGCGAGCUCGGCCCGGGCACCAUAGUGGGCAGCGCUGCCUUCAACAUGUUUGUGAUAAUUGGUAUUUGUGUGUGGGUGAUCCCUGACGGAGAGUCUCGCAAGAUCAAACACCUGCGCGUGUUUUUCAUUACGUCUUUCUGGAGUAUUUUCGCCUACGUUUGGCUCUACCUCAUACUGGCUGUGAUCUCACCAGGGAUUGUAGAGGUGUGGGAGGCCGCAGUGACGCUGCUUUACUUUCCGGUAUGUGUGAUCUUGGCUUGGAUUGCUGACCGUCGCCUACUAUUCUACAAAUACAUGCAUAAGCGUUACCGCGCUGACAAGCGGCACGGCAUUGUUGUGGAAAUGGAGGGUGACCUCGAGCCCAAAGGCAUUGACAUGAUCAUGGAUGGAAAGUUGUCGGACAGAAGUGCCUGCCCUGAGAACUCCUCCAGUGUGACGGUCUCUGUGCAGACAGGCAAUGAACUAGACCCGAGCCAAGAGGAGGUGGUUCGCAUCCUUAAAGACCUGAAGGAGAAACAUCCAGACAAAGACUUGGACCAGCUGAUUGAGAUGGCCAACUACUCCGCCCUGGUCAAGCAGAAGAAGAGCCGCGCCUUCUACCGCGUCCAGGUGACACGCAGGAUGAUCGGUGCCGGUAAUAUAUUAAGGAAACAUGCUGCUGAGCAUGCACGCCGCACGGCUGACCAGGACUCCGACAAGGCCACAUGCUCGCACAUCUGCUUCGAAAGUGCUCAGUACCAGUGCACUGAGAACUGUGGCUCUCUGAGCCUGGGGGUGAUCCUGGAUGGAGGCACAGGUCAGAACACUUUCUAUGUGGACUACUGUACAGAAAAUGGCUCCGCCAACGCUGGGGCGGACUACGAAUUCACUGAGGGUACCUUGGUGUUUAAGCCAGGGGAGACACGCAAAGAGAUCAAGGUCGGCAUCUUGGACGAUGACAUCUUUGAGGAGGAUGAGCAUUUCUCUGUGCGUCUUCAGAAAAUUAGGUUAGAAGAAGGCGGAAAUGAAGGGACAGGAAAUCCACCCAAAGGUAGACUAGUGGAGCCGCUGAUUGCCACCAUCACUAUCUUGGACGAUGACCACGCCGGCAUCUUCACCUUUGGUCAGCGGAUGCUGCGGGUGAGUGAGAGCACGGGCAUGCUGACGGUGACGGUGGUGAGGAACUCAGGCUCCAGGGGCACUGUAGCUGUGCCAUACCAUACAGAGGAUGGCAGUGCCAAGGCGGGGGUGGACUAUGAGGAGACUGGAGGGGAGCUGGAAUUCACCAAUGAACAAACCAGUAAGACGUUACAAGUGCGCAUCAUAAACGUGGAAGAAUAUGAAAAGAAGGAAACCUUCUUUGUUGUGCUUGAGGAUCCCAAAUGGCUGAAGCGAGGACUCUCUGCGUUGUUGUUAAACCAAGGAAAUCCUAGCCCUGAGGAGGAGGAAGCCAGGAGGAUCUCUGAGAUGGGUAAACCCAUUUUAGGAGAGCACAGCAGGCUGGAGGUGAUCAUACAGGAGUCCUGCGAGUUCAAGAACACUGUGGACAAACUCCUGAAGGACACUAACCUGGCUCUAGUGAUUGGCACUCAUUCAUGGAGAGAGCAGUUCAUUGAAGCAGUCACAGUCAGUGCAGGUGAUGAAGAUGAGGGACAAGAGCAGCGAAUGCCCAACUGCCUCGACUACUUUGUGCACAUAGUGUGCAUAUUUUGGAAGCUUGCGUUUGCCUGUAUCCCGCCCACCGAUAUCUGGAAUGGCUGGGCGUGCUUCUUAGUAUCGAUCUCUGUCAUUGGUUUCUUGACCGCCUUUAUUGGAGACCUGGCCUCCCACUUUGGCUGCACCGUGGGCCUGCGAGACGCUGUCACUGCAGUGGUCUUUGUGGCACUUGGGACUUCACUUCCUGAUACGUUUGCCAGUAAAGUGGCUGCCACUCAGGACCAGUAUGCAGAUGCAUCAGUGGGAAAUGUGACUGGAAGCAAUGCAGUUAAUGUGUUUUUGGGUAUUGGGGUGGCCUGGUCUGUGGCUGCUGUGUAUUGGGAAGUCAAAGGUAAGGUCUUCCGUGUGGACCCUGGCUCGUUGGCCUUCUCCGUCACACUCUUCACCAUUUUUGCCUUCUUAACUGUGGGAGUGUUGAUGAUACGCCGGAGGCCGUCCAUUGGCGGCGAACUGGGAGGCAAACGGGUCCCUAAAAUCAUCACCACACUAUUUUUGUUUGGACUCUGGUUCCUCUACAUCCUCUUCUCCAGCUUGGAGGCCUAUUGCCAUAUACAAGGCUUCUGA